AUGGCUGAGGAGGUAAGGACCCAGCUGGCUGAACAUGCACUGCUGAGUCCAAGGGCUGAGCCGAAGGCUGAGAGGCACAGACCAGGAAGCCAUGGAGUCGAUGGGCCACAGAAAGAACUGAUGGUCCCAGGGACUGUGGAUUUCAAGGUGACCCGAGAGGAAUUGAGGACCCCCAAGUCCCAAAACCCUAGCACCUACCGCUUCGGCCGCCUCAGCCACCACUCUUUCUUCUCCCGGCAUCACCCCCACCCCCAGCACGUGACCCACAUUCAAGAUCUCUCCGGGAAGUCCAUCUGUGUCGUCAAGGACGAGUUCUCUCGGGUUCUCUUGCCUCAAACGGCACUCUUAUCCGGCUAUCUGAUGGGGGUGCCCACCGCCGCUGUCCCCAUUGGGGACCCGCAGUCCAAUCGGGAUCCCCGGCUUUCUUCUGAGACCUGGAAGAAGGAGUUGAAGGACUUGGCUUCCCAGCUGGUCAUCUCCCCCAGGGAAAAUGAGCUGAAGAACAAAGAGCAGGAGGAGCCUCAGCGGGAGCAGGGUGCAAAGUACUCAGCAGAGACUGGGAGGCUCAUCCCUGCUUCCGCCCGAGCCCUCGGCCGCCGCUGCUCCCACCAGGGCCGAGGGAACUACUCCUCAGGCAGGGAUGAAGGACCCCAGACCUUUGUCCUGCAGGAUCAGGAGCUGCUGAUCUUGGAGCUGCUCUCCCAAAUCCUGCAGACAGAUUCCCUGAGUGCUAUCCAGUUCUGGCUUCUCUACGCUCCUCCCAAGGAGAAAGACUUGGCACUGGGGCUCCUGCAGACGGCGAUGGCUCAGCUCCUUCCCCAGGCUCUCGUCUCCAUCUCCACAGAAAGGCUUCUGAACCAGCUCCAGGAAGUUCAAGAACCACCGCAAGAGAGGCUACAACCACCCUGCAGCCAAUCCCCGAAGAAGUCAAAGACACCACCUCUACCAAAGAGCGAAAAGCCAGAGCUCAUUGGGAAAGCACAAGUUCUCCGGGUGCACUCAAGCCAGAACUCGGAAGAGAAGGCGUCGGAGCCAAAGACAGGGUGCUGA